GCGGCGGCGGGUGAAGAGCCUGAGACGACGGUGGGGGUGUCUCCGCGCGCGGUGGGCUCGGGGUUAGGGAAAUAUGGCAGCAAGGCGAAUUGUGCAGGAGACUUUUGAUGCUGUAUUACAAGAGAAAGCUAACCGAUAUCACAUGGACCCCAGUAGUGAGGCUGUAGGUGAAGCUCUUCAGUUUAAAGCUCAAGAUCUUCUAAGGACAGUCCCAAGAACCCGAGCAGAUAUGUAUGAUGACAUUCACAGUGACAGCAGAUACACUCUGGGCGGAUCUGUAGCUCACUCUCGAGACACUGGGAGAGAAGGCCUGAGAAGUGAUGUAUUUCCAGGACCUUCCUUCAGAUCAAGCAACCCUUCUGUAAGUGACGACAACUACUUUCGUAAGGAAUGUGGCCGGGAUCUGGAAUUUUCCCACCCUGACUCCCGAGACCAGGUCUUUGGCCACCGGAAAUUGGGACAUUUCCGUUCUCAGGACUGGAAGUUUGCACUCCGUGGCUCUUGGGAACAAGACUUUGGCCACCCAGUUUCUCAAGAAUCCUCUUGGUCACAGGAGUGUAAUUUUGGUCCUUCUGCACUACUGGGGGACUUUGGCUCCUCCAGGCUGAUUGAGAAAGAGUGUUUAGAGAAAGAGAGUCGGGAUUUCGACGUGGACCGUCCAGGGGAAGCAGACUCUGUGCUCAGGGGCAGCGGCCAAGUCCAGGGCAGAGGCCGAGGUCUACACAUUGUUGACCAGGAGGGUGCCCUCCUAGGAAAGGGAGAGACUCAGGGCCUGCUCACACCUAAAGGGGGGGUCGGGAAACUUGUCACGCUGAGAAGUGUGAGCACGAAAAAAGUACCCACUAUAAAUCGUAUUACUCCCAAAACUCAGGGCACUAACCAAAUCCAGAAAACCGCCCCAAGUCCUGAUGUGACCCUGGGGACAAACCCAGGGACAGAAGAUCUCCAAUUCCCUGCUCAGAAGAUCCCUCUGGGGCUCAAUCUGAAGGAUAUUCGGCUCCCCAGAAGAAAGAUGAGCUUUGAUCUCAUAGAUAAGUCAGAUGUUUUUUCAAGAUUUGGGAUAGAAAUAAUCAAAUGGGCUGGAUUCCACACCAUAAAAGAUGAUGUUAAAUUUUCCCAGCUUUUCCAGACUCUCUUUGAACUUGAAACUGAAACCUGCGCUAAAAUGCUUGCCUCAUUCAAAUGCUCCUUAAAACCAGAGCACAGAGAUUUUUGCUUUUUUACUAUCAAAUUUUUAAAGCACUCCGCUUUGAAAACACCCAGAGUCGAUAAUGAGUUUUUAAACAUGCUUUUAGACAGAGGUGCUGUGAAGACCAAAAAUUGCUUUUUUGAAAUCAUAAAGCCCUUUGACAAGUAUAUAAUGAGACUUCAAGACCGGCUUCUGAAGAGUGUCACGCCCCUGCUCAUGGCCUGCAAUGCCUACGAGCUGAGUGUCAAGAUGAAGACCCUCAGUAACCCCCUGGACUUGGCUAUUGCUCUGGAGACCACCAAUUCUCUCUGCCGGAAGUCUUUGGCCCUUUUGGGACAGACAUUUUCUUUGGCUUCUUCUUUCCGGCAAGAGAAAAUCUUGGAAGCUGUUGGCCUCCAAGAUAUAGCUCCAUCUCCUGCCGCGUUUCCAAACUUCGAGGACUCCACUCUGUUUGGGAGAGAGUACAUCGAUCACCUGAAGGCCUGGCUGGUCAGCAGCGGGUGUCCACUCCAGGUCAGGAAAGGUGAACCCGAGCCCACUCACGAUGAGGAGAAAACUGUUCCUCCUACCAAACCCGAGAUUGAGGCCACGGCUGCAGGUGCUCUGAGUGAUGCAGUCCCCCAGCGAGCAGAUCACAAAGUGGUGGACGCCAUUGACCAGUUGGUCACACGUGUCGUCGGAGGCAGCUUGUCUCCCAAAGAGAGAGCUCUUCUCAAGGAGGACCCUGCUUACUGGUUUUUGUCAGAUGACAGUAGUCUGGAGUAUAAAUAUUACAAGCUGAAGCUGGCAGAAACACAGCGCAUGAGCCAGACCUUGCCAGGAGUGGAUCAGAAGCCGGUGGCGGCUGAGUGUGCAGUCCGAGCCAUGCUGUACGCCCGGGCAGUCCGGAACCUCAAGAAGAGGCUCCUUCCGGGGCGGCGGCGAGGGGUGCUCCGAGCUCAAGGGCUCCGGGGUUGGAAGGUGAGGAGAGCGACCACCGGGACCCAGACCCUCCUCUCCUCGGGCACCAGACUAAAACACCACGGCCGGCAGGCUGCAGGCUCCUUGCAAGGAAAGACGCCCCAGCCAGACAGAAAUGAUGCUGCCCAGGACUGCCCACCAGAUCCAACAGGACCUUCUUCUCAGGACGCCAGCACAGAAGCCUCGAGCCCAUCCCCCAAGCCAGGAGGAGUGGAAGUCUCUGAAGCCCCUCAGACCUCCUCUCCCUGCCUGCCUGCUGACGUUGACUCAAAGACAAUGGAGACUGCGGAGAAACUGGCCAAAUUUGUUGCUCAGGUGGGACCAGAGAUCGAACAAUUCAGCAUAGAAAAUAGCACCGACAACCCUGACCUGUGGUUUCUACAUGACCAAAAUAGUUCAGCUUUCAAAUUCUAUCGAAAGAAAGUAUUUGAACUCUGCCCAUCGAUUUGUUUUACAUCCUCUCCGCUGAACCUCUAUGCUGGUGGGAGUGCCCUAGAGCCCAUGGAAGGGGAAGGAGAGUUUGACGAUGAGGCCCCUCAGCACGAGGCUGAGCUGGAGGGCCCAGAGGCGAUGCCUGAGGAAGACGAGGACGACGACGAGGAUGAGGAGGAGGACGACGACGAGGAGGGAGGUGAGGAGGCCCUUGCUUCCAGAGGGGCCUCCAGGCCAGCAGGAGGGGCUGCCAAGUCUGAGGGUUCCGAAGGCAGCCCCAGUGCCGAUGGCAUCCUGAGCGAGGUGGCUGAGGAUGGCCCAGCAGGCACGCCUGCCCUGUCACAGGCCUCCUCAGGAGCCUGCUUCCCCCGGAAGAGGGUCAGCAGCAAGUCGUUGAAGGUUGGCAUGAUUCCAGCUCCCAAGAGGCUGUGUCUCAUCCAGGAGCCCAAAGUUCACGAACCAGUUCGCAUCGCCUACGACAGGCCUCGGGGUCGUCCUGUGUCCAAAAACAAGAAACCCAAGGACUUAGACUUCGCCCAGCAGAAGCUGACUGACAAGAACCUGGGGUUCCAGAUGCUGCAGAAGAUGGGCUGGAAGGAGGGCCACGGCCUGGGCUCCUGUGGGAAGGGCAUCAGGGAGCCCGUCAGCGUGGGAACUGCCUCGGAAGGGGAGGGGUUGGGUGCCGACGGGCAGGAGCACAAAGAAGACACGUUUGACGUGUUCCGUCAGAGGAUGAUGCAGAUGUACAGACACAAGCGGGCCAACAAAUAGGUAUGUGCGUGAGCUGGUGCAUGGGGCAUUCUGCCUAAGCUGAGGUUCUGGUACGCAGAGACCUUUCCUCCAGAAAAAUCAGUAUUCCCCACUUCCCAAACACCAAGCAUCAAAAUACCACCACACACACACAAAAAGUCUGUGAGGGAAACACAGGGGUCUUUGGUUGCAGAUGUGUCCCACCUCUCACCUUGCAGGCUUAGCCGAAGGAGUGGGCCCCACACUGCCAAGCAGAACUGCAUGCGGCCCACCAGUGGGGCCUGGGUGCAGGGCUGCCCAUGGACUGCACACGGCCGCCUCUUGCCAGCUCACCUGGAAACAGGCCGCCACAGAGUGGCCUUGCAUCCCAAAGGUGUAGGGGCAAGCUGGCAGCCGGCGCUGCAGAGGACUGGCCACUUUUCGACGCACGUCCCUUUCCGAGGGUCUUAACGCCCUUUUCCUUCUGUAGGGCUGUGAGCCUAUAAAUAUCCUCCUCCUUCUCUUUUUUUCAGUUGCCCUCCCCCCCAUAAUUUCCAACUCCGUUUUGAACAAAAUUGUUCUCUCCCUGAAUAGAUCAGAACCAUGGGUGAGAAAGAUAAGGCUUGAAGCAGCAAUUACUCUUAAAACGCCACCUCUGCCCCGGAUCUGCCCUGGAGCCAGUGCCCAAUUCCAGGGUCUCUUCCGUGAGGACAACAGGCAUCCGGAAAGUGCUAACUCGCCACUUUGGGUGCUUACUGUCUCUGGCUUGUUUCCAUCACUGGAAAUCAUAUAGAGAAUUUUAGCAUUUUUGGUCCUUGGUAAAACCUAGAAGACAUUUGUGAUGUUACAAAAUGGAAGUUUUUGGGUUUUUUUUUUUUUUUAAUCUAAGAAGUUGUGAAUGUUGUUAAUCAUUUAGCAAUUGCAAUAAACAUAGAGGAAACCCAA